AGCAUAUAAAACCUGAAAACACACACAACAGGACAACACGCAUCUGCACACAAACCAGGAUCAAGAUGAAGGCUUUUCAGAGUGCACUUUUCUUAUUGCUGCUGCUUCAGGGAGUAAAGAGCCAGGAAACAGGAUCAUGUGCUCAACCCUCACCAAUGUGCUGUGAGGGCCAAAAUGAUGAAUGCUAUCGUGGGUGUUAUUGUGAUGAGGCGUGCUUGCAGAGAAACGAAUGCUGUCCUGACUACACACAGACAUGCCCCCCACCUACAGAACUACCAUACUCAUCAACCACAACAAAACCAACAACCACCCCACGACCAAAUACACCAUCAACCACCACACCAACCACACCAUCAACCACAACGAGCAAUCAACCUCAGAACAACCUCUGUCCUCACCGAACUCAGCGACCUCAUUCAAAUUGUCAACAACCCCAGCAGGAAGAACCUCCAUGUACAUCCCUAUACUCUCUUUUAGAGAAAUAUUUCUCCAGCAUCAUUACGAUUGUGCAGUCUUUCAGAAACUAUUAAAACACACCUUUUUUGUAUACAUUGUGUUCAUGAAUGACAGAAUGAUCUGCCAGUCACCACCUGUUGAGUCCAUUCAAAGCCAUGGAAGGCACACCUGUAACGCAUUCUCUUACUAAACUCUGUCUUUACUUUUGCUUCUAACUUUCUUAUCUAUUUAAAUGUAAAUUCAUAAUAUGUAGUUAUAAAUCUGCCAGUCUUUCAUAAUAUGAGCAUGUACUGUAUAGCAUCAGGGAAGAAAAAUCCAUUACUUAACUUUCAUAACAAUUCAUGAUGAAUAAAUGUAUUUAAUCUGGUUUGUCAUUUAAUAUAAUGACACAUGCAAGUGUCUGACCAAGCCACAAUAUGUACUUUGACAACACAGUGUAAAAAAUAAAGAAUUAAGUAAGAAAUACA